GGGGGGUACCAAUAUAUGGUAACUUAUGGUAUUUUUAUGUGGCCUUACUCUGUUUAUAAACAUGCAGAAACAUAAGGCGAGAUUUUUUCUUAUUUGCCUAAAUUUUGAUAUUUAUGUGCUGAAUUUAAUUGGUAACCCAAUUGUUUGGGAAACACGCGAUCAGUUUUUCGGUUUAAAUCAGUAAUUUUAAUGUUUAUUUAUUUAUUUAUUUAUUUAUUAUUAUUAUUUAUUUAUUUAUUUUUUUUUUGACGAAAUUGUGAAUUUUGAAUCUUCUCUCAUAAUAAUGGUUUCUCAAAGUCAAAGAAUGCCUACAGCAAUGCUUUUUUCAGUAUGAGAAUUGGGCUUUCAAUUUUAUGUAGCUUUCGAUAUUUCCCUUGUCUUGGAUAUCUGUUUAUUGUUCUGUAUAAAUAGGGGGAUUAGGAUACUUUAGGUAUAUGUAAAAAUGUUGAAAAAGGUUCACUUAUUUAAAGGGGGAAAUUCUUGAAACGUUCCUGUUUAUGAGUAUUGUUGAAUAAGAAAAUUAAGAGGAACAAGCGAGCUCAUAACCUUUCUAUACGAAACCUGAAGAUGUGGAGCUAGUAAAAGUUUAAGCAUAAAAGCUCACAGAGAAGAAACGCAAAACUGAACCCAUAAAAUUCCACGUUGGAAGAAACUCUUCAACCCGGUAUUAAAAUACGCAUGGUUAAGUGUUUAAAGUAUUAUUUCAAGGCCAAUGAAUAAAGGAGACGUAAGACGGUGAAUAAAAUGUGAGUACCUAACAGAAUUAGUUAGAAACCCACCAUUAAAUGACAGGAAUGAAUUUAAUAAAAGGGCCCAACUGCCCUCAAGACCCUCAGGGAAAUCUAUAAAUAGUCUCGCCUAGAAGGAUAAAUGCAUGCAAACUAAAAUAUCUUCCUCCUCAAUAGUCAUUUUCCCUCCUUGUUGAGCAUCAAACACUGAAUUUAGGAGGAAAAAAACUCUGGUUAGGUGAGAAGAGUUUGUUGAUAAUAACUUUGUUGUCUCCAAGUAUAAGCUUGCAAUAAGAAAAUUUGAUCAUUGAAUACCAAGAAUGAUUAUUAUGAUCUUGUUGUCUGUUGACUAGCUUGAAAUCCAAAGUAAAGAAAGUAAAACAUAAGAAGAAAUGUUUUUUGUCAUACUGGAAACAAGAGAUAAUUUUCAAUGAUACUUUAAUGGAUAAGCAUAACAAAAAAUUAGAAGAUCAAAUUACGUUGACUUUGUCAUGGGCAUAUAUAUUUAUACUGAAAAUUGGCCAUGCAAUGGCUCCUGUCCCUGUGUCAAUUUGAGUAAAGGAACUUCCAUUUCAAUUUUUUUGGCUAGCUAGUAGUUGGCGAUCCUCCUGAAGCAGUAAAUAAACCUUGUUGUUAAUCUUAAAAUGAUAUGUAGAUAGGUUGUACUCAUGAUUCAUUAAUUGGAGACCAAACUUGUGCUAACGAGGGAAAAAGUCACAAUAAAAUACCUUUUAGUUCAACAUAUAUCUCUGUAUGUAAAUGACUGUGCGGUAUUUCGAAUUUGUGGGCACUUCUGCUAGGAUAUGUCUAAGAGAUUUUCAGUUGGUUGGAUUGGCGAGUUGAGGAAAUUUUACCUUUUCAAACUCAGUUUUUUUAUUGGAGCUAAUAGAUGUAAAAACAUACCCAAAAGGUGAAAUUCCUUUUUUCUCAACAAAUUUCAUGAGUUUACAGAUAUCACAAAGGGUUAAUGCGUUUACACAAUUGCUUUUUUAUCUUGCUAAGUGCUAAGCUACAGGUGUUGAUGUUUUGCAUGUCAUAGUUACAAGAGCUCUUACUCUUUUUGUGCUAUGCCUUUAGUUUUGCAAAAGAAAGCAGAGAAGUUUGAGUUGAAGAAAUUACAGGGUCCAGCAGUCACAAAGGAACGUGUAUCUGCUCUUGAGCAACUUCUUCAAGAUGUUUAUGCCAGUCGGCGCCCAAAACUGAGUGAUUAUGAAUCUCGAAGGGACUUAAUUCUAGCGUUUAAUGAAAUUGCAAAGGAGUUAUAUGGAUAUUCAAAAGUGACUCCCGUUGUGGUGGAAUUUGGUUCUUUCUUAAUGGAUCUCUUUAGCACAACAAGUGAUUUAGAUCUCUCUGUGAAUUUUAGCUCUAAUGCAAUUUAAUUUCCACGCGAAAAGAAGAUUCAAACUCUGAGGAAGUUUGCAAAGAAACUAUAUGCUCUACAAAGUAAAGGGCAUGUUUCUGGUGUUCUCCCAGUCACAACUGCCAAGGUGCCUAUUCUGUAAGUUGUUGAUUGAGGAACUGGAAUUGAAUGUGAUAUAUCAGUUGAAAAUAGGGAUGGAAUCUUAAAAUCCCAGAUUAUCCACCUAAUUUCCUCAACUGAUGAAAGGUUUAAAAAGCUAAGCUUCUUGGUAAAGUUCGAUUUCUUCGUUCUUUUAUACAUCUAUAUUUCAUCAUUCAACCUUCAGCUUCAUUUGUCAAGAUUCCAUCUCAUCCUUCUCAGUCCGAAAUAGAAGUGUAUGCUGAUGCUUUUAUAUUUUGUUUAAUUUGUAGCAUGAUAAUUUUAUUAACUUCAAUAUUAUUCCCAAUAGAAUGCUCUUACGGGCAUAGUUGCAGUGAACAUUAUUUAAUACCUUUUCCAUUUGAUUUAUAAGUUUUUAGAUGGUCUGUUGGUAUUCCUCUCAUUAUUCUUACAUAAUCUAUAAGACUGGCCUACAGUUAUGGCAAAUCCACCCAAAGGUAAUGGGCAUGUCCCUGUACAAUGCUCAAGGCUCUCAGCUGAUAUAAUAGAAAGUAAGCCUCCAAAUCUGGAGUAUACAUGGGUCAACAAGUUGGAAAACUGAGAGAGUCAAUUGUGUCCUUGGGAUAUAACAGUAUUCAUUAGUUGUCUUGUAGAAAGCUCAAUUACUUAUAAAUGUUUCUUGGAGUUAGGAUGAAGAGAAAAAAUGGAUUUUGAUGAUCCAGGAUGCCUUGAAAAAAAAUUAUCAAGUUUACAUGAUAUGAUAUUAGUGUUUUUAUUGGAAUUUUCUUGUUUCUCCUUUUUGGGUACCUUUAGGAGUUAAACUCUAGUGUAGUUUCUAAUUGUAGAGUUGGUAAACCGGUAGUAAUUUACUAUAGUAAAGUGGAUCUUUUGGGUUUCAGUUAAGCAUUUUAUCACUUUAUGAAGUCACAAUGAACAUGCAGUUUAGAAUCGAUAUGAUUACUUUACAAACUAAGCCAUAUUUUAGGAUAUCAUAGGGUUUUCUUUGCGGGGUUUUAGCAUCCAUAAAUAGGACUGUGCACCAUCACAAAUUGAAAUUGGUUCUCUGCGGAUCUCUAGAGUGUGAUUUACAAUCAAGGGGAAGAAUCAUUUAAAUACUCUGCUUUUGGAACUAGAGGAAAGAUUGCACACCUCAAUUGCCUUGAGACUUAUGCCUUGAGCCAUGUCCCUCUUAGUAAGUUGAAUCGUAAGCCUUGACAACUUACACCAUUGUGCAUGUUUUGAAGCAAUUAUCGAAAGCCUGACAAGUCUUUAAGAUUUUAAGUCUCGGGCACAUUUUAAAACCGUGCAUUGGAUCACAUAACAAGAUAUGCGAGCAUGACAAGCUCGGGUAAGCAUCUCUAGGUAUUUCACAAGGGAGUUGAUUUUGGCUUAAGGCCAAACUAUUGUAUAAGUAAUAUCUUAGCCAUCUCAUUUACCCUGGGGUUUAUUUAAAUAAUAUUUCCUGUGUCUUUAAGAUUUUCAUAUUCUUUAUGGAUUUCGUUGUUUACGAGGUCAUAUAUUGUUUAUAGUCCAUUCACCUUGCAAAAUCUGAAGCGAAAUCCUUGGAGCUCCUUCUAUACAGCAUGCUGACACUUCUUUUCCAAUUUUCUUUUCACCAAUAACUGCCCUUCCACAGUCCCUCGAAGCAAAAUGUUGAACCGUUAUGUAUUAAUUGGUUUUGAGUUAAAGAAAUUGGGAGCAUGAACAGUAAAUAAGAUCACGGAGGAUGUGAGACCAGAGACUUAAAUAUAACUCUAAUGGAAGUCGAGCAAAUAGUUUUUAGUCAAAUAAUUCUCUUAACCCCGGAUGAAAGUAUCACUUUAUAGGAGUAAUAGACUUUCGAUAUCAUAAGACUAAAAUAAGAUCAGGUAUAUCUAAUAGAUGUGUAAUUACAUUAUAAAUCUUUCUAAGAGAUUCCAGAAAAUGCUCAGCAGAUGAAGCUUAAUUGUUAAAUGGAGCCUGAACCAGACCAUGCUAAAAUAAUGGGAGUGUCUCUGGAACAUCGUGACUGACACACUGCUAACGUGAUAGAUGUCUGCAAAAUAUUAUUUGUGGAAACAUAACUAACAGGCAUUAAAACACUCGAACCUUCCCAAACCAAUCCAUUCAGAAUACUGCUUGCCAUUUUUCCUUAUGUUUGGUUAGAAUUUGAAUUUUCAAAUGCAUCCAAAGAUGAUCGUACAUGUUUUCCUUAGACGUCUACUAGAUUGCUAUGCUUAAAAAUCUUGUGUAGUUUUAUUUUUCUUGAAAUAUAAUGAUCAAUGCUAUGUUAUCUAAUUGGCACUGUCCAUCUCAGUAGAUGAAAACCUGGGCAAAAGUGCAGAACAUUAACAGUUCAAAAGAUAAAACCUUGAAUUCUCUCUUCAUAAUACUGUUGGUUGCUUUUCAUUUGCAGACUCGGAAGCCACCUAUAUUACCUCCAUUUUCUGCUAUAUUCAAAGAUGGUACUGAUCCUGCGACAGUGAAGAAGUCACUGUCUAAUUUUGUAAACUAUGGAAAAAGUAAUAAAGAAUCAUUGGCUAAGCUCUUUGUGACUCUGCUGAUCAAGUUAUCAUCUGUCCAAAAUCUGUGGCCAAAAGGUCUCUAUGUAAGCACAUACGAAGGAUCUUGGACGUCCAAAACAUGGAAUUCUAAAGUUGCUUGUAUCAGUGUUGAGGAUUUCAGUGAUCCAUCUCAGAAUGUUGCUAGGGCAGUAGGACAAGCAGAAAUAAAAUAGAUCUAUGAAUGUAUUAACCUUUCUACCUGGUACGUCUUGUCCUUCAUGGAUGGCCAGAUUGGUGAAGUUCAAUUGAAGGAAUUUUUGUUUGGCCA